CGCCAUCUUGUCAACAAACUGUCAAGGCGGCCAUAGGACAUAGAUUUCCGUUGUGUGUUUUUGUGUUGAUUUUAAUCAUAAAUAACCGCCAAUAUGCCGAAAAAUAUAACCAGUGAAGUGCGUGAGAUAAUAUUGAAAGUAAAAGAGUUCAUGGACGAAGAAAAACGUAUGCAAGUGCCGAUAAUUCCGCUAAGUAAAGUGUAUGUGCGGGUCUCUGCCGCUACAGGUGUAUCAGAACGUACUGUACUUAACAUAGUCAAAGAAGCACGCCUGGUAGAACAAGGCCUUCUAGACCCCGAGACGUUAAAGAAAACGCCCAAAAAACGCGUUCGUACUAAAGGCAAGAUCGAAGUCGACGAAUAUGACUUACAGGUCAUAAGACGCAAAAUCCAUGAGUUCUAUGCAUUUAAAAAGGAGGUGCCAACUAUCAACAAACUGUUACAAAUCCUAAAAGAAGAAAUCAAUUUCAAAGGCUCGCGAGAAACGCUUCGUAAAAUUCUUCGCAAAAACGGAUUCCAGUUCAGAAAGACGAAGAAUAACAAGGAGAAAGAGCCAGUUCCAGAACCUACGUCGUCAGUGCCUCCAAUGGUCCCACCCUACAUUCACACUAUGUUUAGUCAUAAAAAUAUCCAGUCGUAAGUUUUAGCUUAGAAAAUCUCGAAUAUAGUGAUAAGGCAGUUGCGCUGGCAACAUUGAUCUGACAGCGGCCUCAACAGUGCCUGCCACCCGUCUACGCUCUAACUUUGUCAUCCAUGAUUGGAACUGCAUAAUCUUUAUUGUAGGUUAUAACGUAUGAAUUCUGUAUAAAUAUGAUGAAAGAGUAGCGAAUAGUAAUGUUAUUGUACCUACGCCGUAUGCGGCACUCCUAGAAAACUUGAAUGGCAACUAGAAAUUGUAUUUUUAUGUGUAGGAAGUUAGAGUAAGACCGCCAUUGUAAUAUUAAUAAUCUUUGAAAAGCUUGUGAAUAGGCUUUAAACGUAAUAAUUAACUGUUAAUAUUAAUCGUAUUGGUUGAAACUUACAAGACAUUUGACAAAGCACAACCUGGAAACAAAACUCAUGGGUACUUAUGAUCAUUAUUUUGUAACUCUUGCGUAAAAGUAGGUUUUAGACAUUGAAUUUCAGGCAAUAAUUCCAGCGGUGUAUCUUAUAAAUUUUUUUGUUGCUUGAAAAGUUAUAAGCUUAUAAGAUAUGUAUUAUAAAAGAAUCUACAAGCGAAUUUAUGAUGAAAUCACAAAUGUGACUAGUGAAGAAAAACUUAACAUAUUCGCUGCCAGCGCGAGCUACGCGUAACGCGUGUAGCCAAAGACGUAUUUUUUCUGCUUUGUAGUGAAAAGUGCCUAUGAACUGAGAAUCCUCUUAGCAUAUCGGGUUGCUGGCCAUGAAUAUUUUAAUGGCAAACAGCGUUAAAAUUGAGCUGUAGAUUUUUGCAAAGCGAUUUCAACUUGUGAAUUCUUUUCACUUUUGAGCUUUCUUGCUUACUAUCAUCUGUUUGUGUAAACAUGCAUUCAAAUCAGCAAAGCGAAAGUAGUUUAAAACAUGUUUACGAAAUAAAUACAGUGGAAACCAGAUAUAAUGACAUUGUUUACAACAGCUAUUUCUAAAGCUAGAUAAUGUAUGAUUUUUUAAUAAUUUGGUUUAAUAUCAUGUCUGAAUAAGUACUUAUGAUGAACUUUCUUCAGAGACUUCAGAAUCCAGUUUGUAAGACUCUGUCUGGUCUGUUCAACUGAGGUUAACGUUGGGAGAACUGGCAUUUAAAAGUUUUGGUUGGGAAGACCGUCUCAGCACAAGAGCUCUUCUGUGGAGUUCAUUCUAAUUGUAAAAAAACGAACUAUAGAGUUGUGCAUGUUCGUUCACUGAAAAGAUUGCUCCAAACUAAAGGUACUAGUUCAGUCUUUUAGUACAAAAGUACACCAAGAGAAACUAAGCAUAAUAAUGUAAUGGAAUAGUUUGUGCGGAUGUUUUGUAAAGUAGUGCAGUUCAAAAUUUGUUAUCUCGCUUACUCCAGUGCAGGUUUUGUAAAGUAGUGCAGUUCAAAAUUUGUUAUCUCGCUUACUCCAGUGCAGUUGCAACCGCAACUUAAAAUGUUUUGACACUUCAUAAUUAUCAUUCACAAGUAACAACUAAACCCCCUUAUUCAUAAACGUUUACUAAAGUUAACAAGCCGAUAAUAAUAGUUUGUCCCUUUCCGACGUAUUGGUAUGAUGGAAAGGGACAAACGAUUAUUAUAGGCUUGUCAACUUUAGUAAACGUUUAUGAAUAAGGGGGUUAGUCCAUGGCUGUACUGUACAAGUGUACAGUCAGCGUCAUAUAGUAGGUAGCAUCCAAAGUAAGUGUUCAAAUAGUUCGGUACACCAUAUAAUUUGUAUGGCAUACCGAACUAUUUGAAUACUUUGGAUGCUACCUUCUAUACGACGCUUUAUGUGAUGUACCAUCUUGAACUUUAUUUAUAUGAGAAUAAGAUUAAUUUACUAAUAGUUAGUCCAGUGUGCUGCGUUAGUACAAUACAAUCGACAUCAGAUAUUAUACCUGCGCCAAGAAAAAGAAGGGCCAUCAUUAGGUAUUUUAAUUUAUUUUUUUCUUAUGUUUUAUUAAACUUGCAGUCCUGUCACAAAAUAAAAAAUAACAGUAGGUACUACUGUACAGAAAGGUCACUACAAAACCGAAGUUUGUCAGCGAUUUCAUGACGAAUCAUGCUAUCCUUUUCGGCUAUUUAGUGUUGUCAAAAUUCAAGUCUGUAUGUUAUCUGGUGGUGCCAACCCUAAUAAUUAUUAUUGCUCGGAGCCGAGUCGAAUGGAGCCGAGUUUGCCCGAGCGGAGUAGUGUCUCCUCGCUGGUUCUGUCUAUGGUACUAGUGAACAUGGACGCUAAAUUUGAACUUUAUCAUAUAAAUCACACUUAUAAUUAGUAUGAUAUUUCUAAAGUAGGCAAUCAUAAGGACUGGCCUUCUUUAGAGCAGGACCGCAGGUUGGUCUGACUAAAGAUGAGCAUUAUGGACUGUAUUAUAAACUCUCUCGUCUCUUUCUAAUAGAUAGCGGCGUCUCUCUCACUCAGCUGCAUAUGAUAUGUACAAUGUAUAGCGCCUGUAAAUGUAAAAGUAAAACAAUAAGUUAAGUUAGAUAAUUAUAUUUUAGAUAAUUGUACAUUUAAAAAAAUCGUAAUUAAACUAGUUGGAAGAUCGA